GCUCAAGCCAGGAACCAACCAGCCAGCUCCAGCUCCUCAUUCCCUCAAUACACGGUUACCCUCGCCUCCAACGCUUCUCUCACACUGAGAAACCCUUUUCUUUCCAUCUCUCUCUCUUUCUCUCUAUUUCCUUCUCUUUCCUUUCCCUCCAAGCAAACGCUUUCGCCUUUCAUGUUUUUUCCUCUUCACCUUAAUCCCAACACUUCUAGCUCCGGUUCCUGAUCUGGGCUUCAACCGCAAAUGCAUCCAUUCGAACAACUGCAACCGCCACCUCCUCCGCUGCCGUCAGAACAAUUAGAACCUCAAGCACUGCAAACGCUUCUCGACUUAAUCACCGGCGUCCUCUCUCUCCUCCUCCUCUCUUCCCUCACCGUUCGAUCCUUCGUAGGACGGUGGCAAGUCGUUCAAUCAAAGCUCUGUUCUCUCCAAUGCUCUCUCUCCUCAAUCUCUGAAUCUCCUCACUGGAACGAGAACUCUUUGCUUCACACUCUUUUCCCUUCUCUUCUCUCUACUCUCCAACGUUUAAAAGCUCUCUCCGAUCAAUGUACUCUCUCUUCCUUCACCGGAGGGAAACUCCUCAUGCAAAGCGACCUCGACAUGGCUUCGUCUUCUCUCUCCAACCAUCUCCAUGACCUCGAUUUGCUUCUCAGAUCUGGCGUUCUUCACCAAUCCAACGCCAUCGUUUUGUCUCACCCGGGACCUGACUCUGAUAAAGAUGAUUUAGGAUUUUUCAUCAGGGAUCUCUUUACGCGACUUCAGAUUGGAGGCAUUGAGUUCAAAAAGAAAGCUUUAGAAUCACUUCUCCAGCUUCUAACCGACGACGAGAAAUCUACUGUUGUGGUUGCUAAAGAAGGAAAUGUUGGCUAUUUGAUUACUCUUCUCGAUGUUAGCAACCAACCUUUAAUUCGAGAAAAAGCCGUUUUAGCAGUGUCGCUGUUGGCUUCUUCAAGCGAAGAUUCGAGAAGGAUCGUCUUCGAGGAAGGAGGAUUAGGGCCUUUGUUAAGAAUCCUCGAAACAGGUUCCGUUCCUUUAAAGGAAAAGGCCGCGAUUGCUGUUGAAGCAAUCACCGCCGAUCCCGAAAACUCGUGGGCAAUUUCAGCAUACGGCGGAGUCUGGGUCUUAAUAGAAGCCAGCCGAUCUGGUUCCCAACAAACACAAACCCACGCGGUUGGCGCUCUUCGAAACGUGGCUUCCGUGGAAGAUAUUAGAAUGGCUUUGAGUGAAGAAGGUGUGAUACCCGUUUUACUCCAGUUGUUAGUCUCAGGUACCACCGCUGCACAAGAAAAAGCAGCCAAUUGCCUUUCAAUACUCGCUUCUUCGGGUGAAUAUUUUCACGCUUUGAUUAUACAAGAAAAAGGAUUGCCAAGAUUAAUGCAUUUGAUUCAAGAUUUAUCAAGUUCAGAUACAAUCGAGCAUGUUCUUCGUACAAUCAGUUCACUUUCUGUCGCAGAUUCCGUUUCACGGGUUUUGUCAUCUUCAACGGCCUUCAUUAUCCAAUUGAGUGAAUUUAUUAAGCACGGGAACAUGAUUUUACAACAGAUUUCAGCUUCUUUGUUAUCAAAGUUGUCAGUCAGUGAUGGAAACAAGCGAGCAAUUUCUAGCUGUAUGGGUUCUUUGGUAAAAUUAAUGGAAUCACCGAAGCCAGUUGGGUUACAGGAAGCGGCGGCGCAAGCGAUUGUUUCGCUGUUGACUGUCCGAUCAAAUAGGAAGGAGUUGGUUAGAGAUGAGAAGAGUGUGAUGAGAUUGGUGCAGAUGUUGGAUCCGAAGAAUGCGGCUGUUUCUAAGAAGCUUCCAUUGAUGGUGGUGACGACGGUGUUAGGCGGAGGAAGCGAUGGUUGUAGGAAGAGACUGGCGGCUGCGGGAGCCAACAAGCAUCUGCAGAGUCUGGCGGAAAUGGAAGUCGCCGGAGCUAAGAAGGCGCUUCAGAGACUCGCUGGGAAUAGACUGAAGAGCAUUUUCAGCAGGACUUGGAGGGAAUAACAAGAAAAGAUACUAACCCCCGCCAACUAAGGAGUUCGUUUGGAAUUUUCUAACUGUCAGAAGAAUGAGAAACUGCUUUGGUGGAAAAGCGACAAAGACGCUUCGUAUACUCCAGACUUUUUCCCCUCAUAUCAUUAAAAAAAAAAAAAGUUUUAAUAUACCAUUUAAAAUAUCAAUUAGCAUUUAAUAUUUUAUAUCUGAUGACAAAAGGAAUGGAUGCGGUUUUUAGGGAGUAUCCUCAUUUUGCUCGUUUUUGUUUUUAAUUUUUUUUAAUUAAUAUUAGAUUAACUUAUGAAGGUGAGUUGUAAGGGAAGGAUACGAGCAUACGACGAUUGUUAUGUUUCCUUCCUUUUUUUUUUUCUUUUCUUUUCUUUUCUUAUGGACGUUGUUUUAUAAUGUAAAUUCCUGAAAUCUUUGUUUUAUGAAAUGAAAUGAUUUGGCUU